CGGUAAACUGGUUUCCUUCAGUAAAACAGAUUGGAUGAAUGCUUUCUCAUUCGGCAGUUUUGGAACCAGGUUUUGUUCUGCAUUUUUCUGGUUUAUCCUUGGAUACAGGAGGAAGGCAGACCAGCAUUGUUCCCACCGCAAGAUAAGCCCUAAACCAGGAACCGGAUCCGCUUCUGAAGGCCGACGGUAGGUCCCUGCAUCACGCUGGACCGCUGGGUGAGCCGUGCCGCCGGGACCUCGGCCGCGACGCCUUCGUGCACAGCCGGGGUGCUUUCCCAACAUGGCUUUUCAGAGAACCGAGGGCAUGUCCAUCAUCCAGGCUUUAGCUAUGACUGUGGCCGAGAUCCCCGUGUUCCUUUACACAACGUUUGGGCAGUCGGCCUUCUCCACGCUGAGGGUCGCUCCGGGCCUUCGGAAGGUGCUGUUUGCCACUGCGCUCGGGACGGUAGCCUUGGCCUUGGCGGCGCACCAGUUAAAGCGUCGACGGCGGCGGAAGAAGCAAAUUGCUCCGGAGAAGACCAGCGCGAAGCCCAUGGCGGUUCCGGUGCCCAUCUUGCCCACCCGGCGGGUCCCGUCAGUGAAAAAAGGUUAUUCCGGCCGUCGGAUACAGAGCCCUAGCAGUAAAAGCAACGACACCCUCAGUGGGAUCUCCUCCAUCGAACCCAGCAAACAUUCCAGCUCUUCGCACAGUCUGGCAUCCAUGGCGGUCGUAAACUCCCCCAGCCCAACUCCAGCUUCUGCAGGGCCCUGGGAAGCCCACCUGGAAGAAGACCCUGGAGCUGCUGGUGACUGCAGUGCAGAAAAUCUCUAUUUUCAAGGGAUGGAGCUGUUUGAAGAGGCCCUGCAGAAGUGGGAGCAGGCCUUGACCGUCCGUCAGAGGGACCCCACCGGCCCCUCUCUCGCUUGGGACAUCCCCAAAGAAGAGGAGCUGCUGCCUGAAGACCUCUGCGAGGAAUCUCAGAAAAAAGAAUUUGCAGAGAAGUUGGAAUUGCUCCUGUACCGGGCGUAUAAUCUGCAGGAGGAGUUUGGAUCCACCCUUGCGGCCGAUAACAUGUUGCUUGACUUAGAGCAAACCCUGAUGUUCCCACUGACCGAAGAGUCUCUAAGGCGUCAGCAAGAUGAUGAGGAAGAUAGUGUGACCUCAGAGGAAUCCUUUUUCUCUGCUGCGGAGAUCUUUGACUCCCUGGAAAUUGAGAAGAUGCCAUUCCAUCCUUCCAAGCCAGCCGUUGCCUAUGAAGAAGCGUUGAAGCUGGUGAAAGACGGGUUGGUUUUGUGCAGGACUUUUCGCACAGAGCUUUUGGGGUGCUACAGUGAUAAUGAUUUUCUGGCAAAGCUUCACUGCAUCAGACAAGCUUUUCAGGAGCUGCUGGUGGUGGAGAACAACCAGUCAUUUUUUGGGGAAGUGGGCAAACGCAUGGUGAUGGGGCUGAUGACCAAGGCUGAGAAGAACACCAAGGGUUUCCUUGAAAGCUAUGAUGAGAUGUUGCACUACACACAAAGACAGGAGACUUGGCUGACCACACAGAAGGAGCUGGAAGGGCGAGGGGUGGUUUGUAUGAAUUUUUUUGAUAUCGCCUUGGACUUCAUCCUCAUGGAUGCGUUAGAAGACUUGGAGAACCCGCCUUCCUCAGUGUUGGCAAUCCUGCGUAACCGUUGGCUCUCUGACAGCUUCAAGGAGACGGCUCUCGCAACCGCGUGCUGGUCGGUGCUAAAAGCAAAGAGGCGGCUUCUUAUGGUCCCCGAUGGUUUCAUUUCUCAUUUCUACUCCGUAUCGGAGCACGUCAGCCCCGUUCUGGCAUUUGGUUUCCUGGGGCCAAAACAGCACCUUUUUGAAGUCUGCAGCUUUUUUAAGCACCAGAUUUUGCAAUAUUUGAAAGACAUGUUUGAUCUAGACAUAGUCAGAUACACAACGGUGUCCUUAUUAGCGGAAGACAUCCUUCAGCUCUCACGACGUCGGAGUGACAUUCUGCUCAGCUACUUAGGGGUUGAGACUAUUCCGGAGAUGAAUGGGAUUCUGUGGUGCGACACCGUUCCCAUCGACAGCGUCAACUAAGCAAGACGGCUUCGGGCUCAUAAACUGGUUUCUUUUAACUUUUUAAAAGGCAGCCUGCUUCCACAAUUAGGAGGCUUAAGACUGACAGCAGCAAAACGCGCUCUGUUUUUGUUCUCCAACUGAAAAGCAGUUUAGAGGCUUUGUUUAGCGGGCCAGAUGUGUCCAGCCCCAUCCAGGGGUACGGGCAGGAAGUUCUCCCAACCAGCCAUGCCUGAUUCUGGAGAUUGAACCCUUGCAUAAAUUGUGCAAGGCCUGGCGAAACUGUCUCGUAUUCCUGGUGUGAGGUAAGCGCGCAAGGACACUUUUUUCCCC